GGAAGAAAAAAAACAAAAAAAGAAAAGAGAAGAAAAAGAAAAAAAAAAGAAAGGGGAAAAAAAAGACAAGAAAACAAAAGGAGAAGAAAAAGACAAAAAAACAAAAGGAGAAGAAAAAGACAAGAAAACAAAAGAGGAAGAAAAAGACAAGAACCGAAAAGAACAAAGAAAAAGACAAGAACCGAAGAGAACAAAGAAAAAGACAAAAACCGAAGAGAACGAAAAAAAAGAACCGAAGGGAAUAAAAAAAAAGAACCAAAAGGAAUAA